CUCGUCUCUGCCUUGCUGCGUGUAGGUGGACGAACGCGUUGCGAGUUUUUUGCGCUGUGGGGGUAGCCGAUAAAUAUGAGCUACAGACGAGUGCCGUUUCAGUUUAAUCCCGACCGAAGCUCGGACGAGAGACGAUCGGAGAUACUGCGAAGAUUCGGGUUUCAGCCCGAAGAGGAUAACAACAUGUUCUACGAGACAAAUUCGCCCUCAUGGUCGACGGACUGGGCCGGCCGUUUCCACAGGCCCGCCUUCUACGACGACCCGGAAUGGCGCAACACCAGCUCCGUGUUCGGCAACUCCGGUUCCAUGCCCGGCUCGCCGCAGUCUUCGCGGGUGCGCCGGGGUUGGACCACCGAGUUCGACGAAGGCGGCGUGCCCAUCAAGGUGGUCCACGAGACAUCCGGGGGCGGCGCCAGCAGCCACGACGAUGCCAACGAUGCCGCCUCGGAGACGUCGUCCCAGGGCAGCCGCUCCAGCUGCUCGAGCGCUCGCAGCGGUGGCGGCGGAGCUAACGGGGCGUCGUGCUCCAAGUCGCGCCACGAACCGCGCGUCCACCACAUCCCCAUCAUGGUGGAGCCACGCACUGGUGCCUCGAGCAGCAGCACGGGCUACGCUUCCGACGGUGAGAUCAAGCCUCAGAGCCAGGCCAGGAGGACGUUCGCUGCAGGCCCCAGCCCCAAGGAAAGCCAGCAACAACAGCAGCCUGCUUCCGGAGAACCCAGGAAUGUCCACACUAUACCAAUCGAGGUGGAUGGGUACCCCAUGCAGGGACAAGCCAGGAGCCCGUCGUCUCACAACCACCACCACAACGAAGAAAUGGCUGGAGAGGCGCAGAACGUGCGUACGGUCCCCAUUGAAAUGGACUGUGGUGACGAGGCUAUGGCCAGGUGUCGGGUCGACGAUCCAAUGGACGAGCAGGACGCUGGCGAAAAAAGUUGGCCGCACACGUUCCCUAGGCAAAAGUGCCAGCAGUCGGCCAGGCGCGGCCCGUCGACGUCCAAGUCGUCGUCAGGCGGCAGGCUAGGACCGCAGGCUGCGCCAGCAAAGCAGGGCUCGGAGCCGCCGCAGCAGCAGGAGACAAAGAAACAGUCUCCAGCCGAAGAGCAGAUCCGAAGGAUCAGCCUGGAGCUCGCGGACCUGCGGCAGCAGGUCUUGAAUUUCAAUGGCAGGCCCGGUGACAAGCAGUAUAAGUUUCUCGAUGAGAUGCUGACGCGACUCAUGAUCAAGCUUGAUGCUGUGGACCCAGCGGGCAGGGACGACGUCCGCCAGUUGCGCAAGUCGAUGAUCAGGGAGGUGCAGUCUGUCAUCAACUUGCUCGAGGGCAGGCCGUCAGCGGGUGCACUUGUCGAGGUUGCAUCUCAGGAUGUCGAAGAGCUUGGCAGUGAAGUCAGUCAAUGCAACGAAGAUGGAGACAGCGACAGUCCCAGCGAUGCUACUGGUGCUGCUGCGGUAGCUGCAUCUGCAGCCCCCGAGGUGUCGCCUGAAGUGCCACCGCCACCUGCUGUCCAGAGGGUUGGCAGUAAGGACGAAAAAGGAGACACACCUAUGGAAGUCGAGGCACCGGCGACUUCUGAAGCCCAGCCACCACCAAGCGUCGAGAUGGUCCCAGCCACGUCCGGCGGCAGCGCAAGUGCAGAAGAGCUACCACCUGCACCCGAACUCCCGACAAUUCCGAUGCCUGUCGACAUUGACGCUUCCCUAGCUGGUUCCUCUGGUAACUCGGCAGAGGGGCCCACUGCGGGAUCAGCAAGCCCCUUCAAUGAACAAAACCUGUCGUCUCUAAACAACAGUGAAGUGGAGAGUACGCAUAUCGAAGGCACCAUCCCCACUGAGCACUCCGGCUCGACAGAACUCUGAAGAGGGUUUCUGACAGGUUGUCGUGUCACAGUAUUGCAGUUAGGUUCUGUUAAAGCGCGGGACAGAAUCGGAGUUGGCCAGAACGCUUGCACGUUGCUGUACGGCGCAGCAGGUGGCCUUGCUGGAACCAAAGUUUCUUGCAAUGACUGACUGUACAUACUGUUGUAUCUAAGUCAAAACGAUGCGUGUAUAUAAAUUGUUUUUGCCACAUGUAUUUAAAAAGUGUGUUAUGUUGCAAGUUGUUAUAAUAAAUGUCUAGCAUGUCUUGAUGCA